ACUCUUUCCACCCACCAACCGUACAUUCCCCUCGCUGAUAUCCCACUUCAACACCUGGCAGAGCACAAACAACAUUAUCACUUGCUGCUCCAAUCAUUAUACCGUAUCAGAUAAACAACCUCCACUUCUUCCCUCGCACUUCCAGUGUCCCUGCCAAUUUACCUUGCGUGCUACUUGUCAAGCAUGACUUCAAUCGCCCAGCCCAUCAACUUCCCUUCCCGUCCCUCUUACUCCACUACUGCUUCUCCAUCAAACUCGCCUUCUCGCUCCAACUCGUACGACCUGUCUUCCAGUCCUAAAAUGGGUAGCAGCCCAGGUCAGCACCCUUGCCCCCACUUGAGCGAAUUUGUACAAAGCUUGUACAAAGCCUGGGGCUCAAAGUCAGACAUUCAGGAGAGACGACGAUGGUGAAAGAUGCACAUCCGUUGUGAAACACAUCUUGUCCUGAUACAGCAAUGAUGUAAGCUUGGAGGUAGCCAUUUGAAGGGGACAAAUAAAGGGGGCAAAGAUCAAAGAACCCCAACAAAUCAAAUAUAGAGUUGUAUCCACAUUUUGAAAAACUUAACACUUGUCACACAUAAAUAAUCAAACACCACAUAGCAUGUCAAAUACGUAUCUUUUUUAUGAUUGCCUUUCGGACGAUUUUCUCUAGUCUGUCGUCAUCUUGUAGCUUGUACUUGUGCCCAUGUACUUUUUUUCUCUUC